GACGGCAGCAACUUUCGUUAUUUAUAUUAAGUCAUUGGGAAUCUGUCAAUCCAAGCAGCAUGGCCCCAUCUGAAUCCAAAAAGCGCUUGGCGCUUGCCAUCAUUGACUUUCUCGGUUCAAGCUUGAAAGACGGUACCUUGACUGCAGAAGAUGCCGAUUCCAUCGAGAUCGCCCAGAACUGUAUCGCUGAGACAUUUGGUGUCGAUCCGAACAACAGCGCUGCUAUGCAAGAUGCCCUCGGCGGCCAGUCGCUUUUCAGCAUCUACAACGUAUACGAGAAGCUCAAAGGCAAAACCGCUGGCGGUGCAGCAGCAGCUGGAGAAUCCAAGCCUACAGCACAACCCAAGUCCAAUUCCACCCCUGAGUCAGAUAAGUUGAAGUCAGAGGGAAAUGCUGCCAUGGGCCGCAAGGAAUAUGAUGCCGCCAUCGAUCUCUACACCAAAGCGCUCGCGCUUGCUCCGUCGAACCCCAUCUAUCUCUCUAAUCGCGCUGCUGCGUACUCAGCGUCCGGCCAACACACAAAGGCAGCAGCAGAUGCUGAGCUUGCAGUCAACGUUGAUCCACAAUAUGCUAGAGCUUGGAGUCGUCUUGGCCUUGCGCGCUACGAAUUAGGCGAUGCUAAAGGUGCUGUAGAGGCGUACGAGAAGGGAAUUGAAGCCGAAGGAAAUGGCGGCAGUGACGCUAUGAAGCGCGGUUUAGAAACAUCACGAAAGAAGGUUGAGGAGAUGAAGCGUGCAGAGUCAGCACCCCCAGCCGAAGAUGUCGACAAUGCUUCUGGAGCUUCUCGAGGAGGUCCGGGAGGCAUGCCGGAUCUAUCUUCUUUGGCAAGCAUACUUGGCGGUGGUGGAGGUGCAGGAGGAGCUGGUGGUAUGCCUGAUCUGGGCUCACUCAUGAGCAACCCUAUGUUCGCGAGCGUCGCUCAGAAUUUGAUGAGUAACCCCGACAUGCUUAAUAAUCUCAUGAGCAACCCUCGUCUUCGCCAGAUGGCCGAGAGCUUCGGUAAUGGAGGAGGUAUGCCAGACAUGUCGUCAAUUAUGAGUGACCCAUCACUUGCUGAAAUGGCCAGGAACAUGAUGGGCGGAGGUGCUGGUCGCGGAGCCGGCAAUCAAUAAGUUGGAAUAAUUGUAUCAUUUGCACGGGUUCUUAAUCGAGAUACCAUAGAACUUGUUAAUGAGUUACUUUUAUGAUUUUGGUUUUAUAUAGUACUUCGCUUAAUGCCGGGAAUUACAACUACCAAGAGUGCCAACAACACAAUGCACUGAUAUCUCAAUCUCGAGAAUAAGAAGACAAAUAGAGAGGGAAUAUAGUAAAGUUC